AUGCUAAAUAUUAUUUGUGAUGAUGAUGAUUCUUCAAUCGAAUCAUCAGACUCUGAUCCAGAAGAAGCCGAUAAUAAUUCAUUAUUUAACGAGUGUAGAAUAAGAAUUAAAAAUUAUAAAGCAAAAGAACCAGAACGUGUUAGUAGUCAUUUAGUUUUUAGAGUAAUAUAGUAGUAAUUUAGGUAAUACUGCCGAAAAUAUAAAUAAUGAUGAAAUUAUGAAUAAUGAUUUAGAUGAUUUUAACAAUGAAUUAGCUAUUGUGGAAGCGGAGAAUGUUGAGAUUAAUGAAAAUUUAAAAGUAAAAUUUUAGUAUAAAAUAUUAAGAAUAUUUCAAAUACUUUGGCUGACACCCCCUUUUUUCUCUUUGCUUUUUUUCUAUUUUUUUAUUUAUCACAAAAUAUACAUAUCUUUCGAAAGUGUUCUUCGAGCUGAGUCAAGUAAUACCAAAAUCAACGAAAUCUAACUUAAACUAACAAAGUUAUGACAAUAUGAUUUAAUCCCUUACAACGACACAAUACAUAUGUAGAAAAAUUGGGUCAGCCAAAGUAUUAGCUUAUUUUGGAAUUAGAAAUAAAGCAAUAGAAAAUAACUUGGAAUUAAAAAUAUUAAAAAAAAUAUAUAUUAAGGAGAAUAUGGAAGAAAUUAAUAUAAUAAAUACGACUUGUAAAAAUAUGGUUUGUAAUCAACCACCAAAAGAAUUUACCCGCAUUACUUUGUCUUUCGACAAUGGGUUUUUGACUGAAAGAAAAUUUUUGAGGAAAUGCCACCUUUAAAAAUGCUGGCAUCUCCUGA